UUUUUUGUUGACGCAUAGCCCAAAAAUAUUCUAUGUUGGACUUGAUAGAAAAAGAAGAUCAAAGUACGAAAUGACGUUUUAUUUUCUCUAUUUGAGUAUUAGCCUGUAUACACUCAUAACUAUUGGUGCAGAAGCAGACGAAAUUUUCUGGGAAGUACUAAAUCCGCCAAUAAGGUUUGGAAGUAAUGUACAACUUAAAUGCAACAUCAAAUGCUGUCUGCGGAAUGUUACAACUGCAGCAUCUUGGGAACUAAAAUGGCCAAAUAAAACACAUGAAACGAUUUCCUUUGACGAACUGUCACUGAAACCUUCUAAAUACGAUAUUCUUGUUGGAAAGGACGGAUGCAUACUAGUAAUAAAAAACUUUGUUAUGAUGGACGUACCACCUACAUACAUUUGUCGCUUUAAAUUCAAUAAUUUUAGUAAAAGCUUAAAUUUGCACAACGAAAAAUUUGAAAUGUUACCAACACCUUCUACCAUGAAGAUCGUUACAGAAACAGAUGGAGGAUUUUACAAUAUUAUCGUGAAUUUUUUUAAGGUUUAUCCAAGACCAAUGUGUAAUGCCAGAAUUAAAGAUAGAAACAUAACUUCGCAAAUUAAAGAACAAGUUAUUGAGGAAGAGUUUUUCUACAAAGGAAAUUAUUCAUUAAGUCUUCAAAUCAUUAGUGGAUUAUUAACCAUGGUCUGCAAGAUUGGUGAAUCUAAUUUUACUAUCAAGGAAAUCGAAUUCGUCUUGUUUUUUAGGGAGAAAGACGACCGUGUUGUAUGGAUUCAGAGAGAGAUCAAUGUUGUGCUAUCAUCUGCAAUCGUCAUUCUAUGCUCAGUUGUGAUCUUUAUAGUCGUGACAUGCUGGGAGAAAGAUUUUAGAUAUUUCAGAGGUUGGCUUGUCUUACUGUACUUUGUAUUGUUAGAAAUAAAUCCUUUGCCUGGAGGAAAAAAGGGUUUUUUGUCUAAUGAGUAUCCAAAACAAAUAGAAAAAUGCGCGAAGAGCUACGCAAACGAAGCGUCUGAAAUUUUGCCACUGCUGGCGAAAAAAGAUAAUAUUGUGUGAAUUGGGUCCUUAACUAAUGUGAAGAGAUGUCAUAAAAUACAAUGCUAUAAAGGAGUAAUUUCUGAAGAAUUUACUUGCCUGAAAAAGGAUACUAGUAUAUCGAGCAUACACGGAACAACAUUCCAAAGAUAAUGAACUUUUAUUUAUUACUUAGUAAACAAAAUCUGUAAUCAACUUUAUAAAAAAUUAUUAACUUAAAA